CGGGCUGCACGUUCCUCUCACGAAGGGCACGGACCGGGACUGUCACAAGGCUCCUCUGGACCCUGCCCUGGUCCAGAGCCCCGACGGCCCAGGGCCCCUGCCCGAAGCCAAAGCCGAUGUCAUUUUCACCAUCUUGUGGCGGGUGAGUUGGCCUUGGGGCAUCCGCCCAGCCCUGCCACACGGUGCCCCCCUCCGCUAGUCUGCUUUCAGCCACCUGGCCUAAGGCAGCCUCUUGCUCAGGAGUGAGUGUGCCAGGCAAAGCAGCUCCAGGAAGGUGGCACCGCGCUGAUUUAAGGGUCCCCCCGUGCAGAGCAUUAUGGCGUCAGGGCCUAAAUGUAUAAGGAGAAAGAGAAACGCAGGAGGGAAACGCCAGGAAAUCCAGGAGGUGAGGUUUCUGCCGGAGGAAAACCCUCGCCCCAAUUCCCAUCAGGCUGCUCCGGGAGGAUUGCCAGUUUUCAAGCAGAGAUUUAAAGGGGCCGAGGAGGAGAUGGAGCUCUGGGAGCCGCCGGACCAGCAGACCCUGCCACAGCCACCCCGCUCCUCCGUCGUGCAGGCUUGGCAGCAGAGCUCCGGCCACGGAGCAGCCGCGGGGAAGGCCGAGCCGCCGGUCUCCCCAGCUGCCGAGGCGUGGCGGCAGCCGAGAGGCUCUUGCCCGAAAGCAAAGCGAGAUUCUGCGCCGGCGUCGCCAGUGAGGCACGUGAGAUACAGGAAGCGGGUACCAAAGGCAGAUAAAGCGACUGAGAUCACCCCCUCCUUUGAGACGAUGCUGAAGCAGCGAGCAGCGAGCCGGAGGAAGAAGAAAAGCGAGGACCAGGGGUAUGGCCGGACUCGGCCGCGGAGGAGCACGGCCGCCUCGCCCAGCUAUCCCAAGCAGCGCGUCUCCCAGGCGCCCAGGAGGAGUAAAGUCUUAAACAACCUCUACAUGAAUCUGUACGAGGAGGUGGGGGAAGACGAGCCCUGGGCUGUGCAGAGAGUUGAAGGAUUGCCGAAAGCCUGCUUCAUCUUCAGCGCCAUCCGAAACGGGAGAAUUCACAUCAACGACCUGCUCCUCACCCUCCACACGCUGGGCAUCCUCGUGACCAGCACAGAGAUGCGGAAGGUGCUGAAGACCAUCGACAUCGACGAAAACGGGAACCUGAGCUUCACCGAUUUCCUGGAAGCUCUGGAUGAGACCUCGCCCUUUGCCCAGACUGAGGCCUUCCAGAACACCUACCAAGCCUUCAGCAAGAUGAGGACAGGCCUGAUCGCCGUCGACGACCUGCAGCCUGCUCUGAUCAGCCUGGGCGUUGGGUUAAGCCUUGAGACGCUGCAGGAGGCGCUGAAACACGUUUACGUGAACAAGGACAGGCAGCUGAACAUCUCGGACUUCCUGAUGGCCAUGAGCGACCUCGAGCAUCACUACGAGGAUGUGGAAUCCCUGGCUCUUUACGACACUUUGAAGCCCAGGAAGCCUGGGCAUGCAUUUGACUUUGAUGCAAAGCCCAGAGUUAGAAGAAGGACACGGUUGUCCUUUGACGUCAAGUACCUGCAGAAAGCUGACGCACCUCAGCCGGAUUCCUCUUUAGCUCGUCAUCAAAAACCAUCCAAGGCUGGUAAACAAUCUUCAUCCCCGCGACCAAGGUUCCUUUCCUUCCAAGAAAAGCUCCCAACUAGAUUUGAUGUGGAAGACAGGCUGGAGGAAUCGCCUAAAACCACCAGGAGGCGUUUGACCCAACAGAAGCCUGCUUGGAGCACUAGUAUUGAGGAAGACCUAGAGGAAUCUCUGGAAGAAGGGGAGAGCCCUUUCGGCCAGGAGAGGAUCCAGAAGUCGCAGCAAUUCACUGCAGCCAGGGGGCCAGCGGGGACGGAAGAGCCGGGGAUGGCUUCUGCUGCUGGCAAGUGUGUCAGCGAUUAUGAAGCCUUACAGGACGCCUUUGAGAUCGUCAGCAAGAUCAAAGCAGAUAACAUUGAGGUGGGUGACCUGCGCUGCACUCUGCGAACCAUGGGCGUCCCUUUCACUGACGAAGAGUUCCAGGAAGCUCUGCAGAAAGUGACGCUGGAAAAAGAUGGGACGGUGAACUUCAAUCGCUUUAUGGUGGCUUUGGCCAACACCCGGCGCUUCUCCGAAUUUUCAGUGCUGAAAGACGCCAUUGCUGCCCUCAGCAGGAUGGAAGGCGACAAGGUGGCUGUGAGUGAGGCGCUGUCCUAUGUGAAGAACAUGGGGAUCCAUUUAUCCGACGACGAAUUCCAGCAAGCGCUGCAGCUGGUUUCCGUGGAUGCUAACGGGAAGGUGUAUAUUAAAGAUUUCAUUGAAGUCCUGACCAAAAGCCCGCGGUUCUCCAAGCUGUUAGUGCUGCGGGACACCAUUAAAGCCAUGAGCCGGAUUCGGGGGGAUCUCAUUGAUGUGCAGGACCUGGAGAGAACCCUGGCCAACAUGGGCAUCCAUUUGAGCAAGACGGAGUUCCAGGAGAUGCUGGAGUCUGUGACCGUUGACAAAGAUGGAAGAGUGAAGUUGGAACAGUUCAUGAGGCUGGUGUCCAAGACGCGGCGCUUCUCUGCGCUGGGAGCCCUGAACAACGCCAUCCAAGCCUUCGGGCAGAUCGAGGAGGACCGGGUGAAGACCUCGGAGCUGGAGUCCUGUCUGCACCACAUGGGGGUCCACUUAGCCAAAGCGGAGAUAGAGGAGGUGACCAAGUCCCUUUCUGUUUCCAAAGACGGGACCGUGGAUAUUAAAGAACUGAUGUCAGCCUUGACGGGUACCAGGCGGUUCUCCAACUUCGUAGCGGUGCAGGAGGCCAUCCGGGCCGUCAAGCGCGUCGAAGAGGACGAGGUGGAGGUGAGUCACCUGGCCACCAGCCUGAGCGCCUUGGGGCUGCGCCUCGCCAACGAAGUGAUCGGGAAAGUGCUGAGGUCGGCUCACGUGGACGAGGCCGGGAGGGUCAAAUUCACCGAUUUUAUGAGAGCUCUCUCCAGGAGCCAGCACUUCAUCACAUCGCCAGCCCUGCAGGAUGCCUUUAGCAUCAUCGGCAAGCUGGAAGGCGAGAAGAUUGGCGUUCAGGACCUGAAGUCUGUGCUGAGCAACUUGGACAUCAGUUUGUCCAGCGAAGAGCUCUCCAGCGUGCUCCAGUUAUGUCCUGUCGAUGACAGCGGGAAGGUGAACCUGAAAGAUUUCAUCAGGGCAGUGACCUCCACCAGGCGCUUUGCAGAAUCUGUGGGGCUGCAGCUCACCUGCCUGGCCAUCAGCAAGCUCAAGGAUGACCACUUUGACCUCCACGACCUCGAGUCCACCCUGAGCAGCAUGGGGCUCCAUCUAGCGAAGGAGACGCUGACGGAGGUGAUGAAGACAGCCAGUGCCGACGACCACGGGAAGGUGAAUUUCAGAGAAUUCAUAACCGUUUUAACCCAACUGCCUCAUUUCCCUGAAGUUACUGUGCUGAAGGACGCCUUCGAUGCGAUGAGCAGCAUCAAGGACGAUAACAUCCGUGUUGAUGCGCUGGACUCCACCCUGGCGAGCAUGGGAAUCGUUUUAACAGAGGAGGAGCGACGCGAAUUACUGGCGUCGGUUACGAUCGCUGAGGACGGGACGGUGAAUUUUAAAGACGUCAUGAUGUGCAUGACCGGGACCCGGCGAUUCACCGAGUUCGAAGCUUUGCAGGAGGCUUUCAACGCGCUCAGCAAAAUCAGCGGAGACAAGAUCGAGGUGAGCAACUUGCCGUCGGCUCUGAAGGCCAUGGGGAUCCAUUUAACUCCCAGGGAGCUGCAAGAAGCCCUGACGUCCUGCCCUGCUGACGAAUCGGGGAGGGUGAAUGUGAAGGAAUUCAUGAAGGUUUUGACCAACAUCCCCCGCUUCUCUGAAUAUGUAGCGCUGCAGGACGCCUUGGAGACUGUCAGCAAGAUCAAAGAGGAUAAGGUCCCUGUUUCUCAGCUGGAGCAAACCCUGAACAGCCUGGGAGUUCAUCUGCCCAAAGAGUCACUCCAGGAGGGGCUAACGACCGCGGCCGUGGAUGGGGAUGGAAAGGUGAAUUUCAAAGACUUUCUCACCUCCUUGGGCAAUACCCAGAACUUCUCUGAGCUGGAAGCAUUGCAGAAUGCCACCAACGUUGUCAGCGGGAUGCAGGGAGGUAAGAUUCACCUGGACGACCUGAAAUCCACCCUGGAAAAUCUGGGCAUCUCGUUAAAGGAGGCAGAGCUCCAGGAGACACUGAAGGCCGUUGCUGUUGAUGAGCGCGGGACCGUGAACCUGAAGGAGUUCCUGACGGCUCUCGCCAGCAUCCCGCACUUCUCGGACUCCGCGGUGCUGCAGGACGCCAUCGGGGCUUUCAGCAGGAUCAAAGAGGACAAAGUUGAUCUGCAGGACAUGGAUUCCAUUCUGGCCAGCCUGGGGAUCAGCGUGUCCAGCGAGGAGCUGCAGGAGGCUUUGCAGAAGAUUCCCCGGGACGAUGCUGGAAAGGUGAAUUUCAAAGAAGCUCUGACGACUUUAAUAAACACCCAGCGCUUCUCAGAAACUUCAGCCAUGCAGGAGGCCUUGGAUGUCAUCAGCAAGGUUGAGGGUGACAAAAUUGCAGUUUCUCACCUGGAGUCGGCCCUGGCUAACAUAGGGAUCACUUUACCCAAGGGAGAGCUGGAGGAGGCGCUGAAGCACACUAUAGUGGAUGGAGACGGGAAGGUGAAUUUUAAAGAAUUUCUGAAGGGUUUGACCAGCACCAAACGUUUCUCCAGAACCCUAGAGAUGGAAGGGGCCGUGAAAGCCAUUGGCGUGAUCAAAGAGGACACAGUGGACGUUCAUCACCUGGAAUCCAUCAUGCGCAACAUGGGGAUUCAUUUAACCCCGGAGGAGAUUCAGAAGGCGCUGAAGCACGUUACCUGUGAGGAAGAUGGGAAGGUGAAUUUGAAAGAUUUCAUGACCGGUUUGACCAAGACCCGGCGAUUUUCCCAAGCUAAAAAGGACAGGGUUGAUGUCCGGGACCUGGACUCCAUUCUGGACAACAUGGGGAUCUACCUGACGAACGAGGAGCUGCAGGAAGCCCUGAGGCACGUUACGGUUGAUGCGGACGGGAAGGUGUAUCUGAGCAAAUUUCUGCAGGGCGUGAGAGCCCUCCGGCGAUUCUCCCACAGUGAAGGGAAAAAGGUUGAUAUCAGAGACCUGGACUCUCUUCUGGCCGAAAUGGGGAUGCACUUAACCCAGGAAGAGCUCCAAGAAGUGCUGAAGCACGUCAUUGUGGAUGGAGACGGGAAGGUAAAUGUGACUGACUUUACGAAGAACGUGAUCAGCACAUGGAGGGCUUCCAAAGCUGAGAGAGACAGGGUUGCUACGAGUCACCUGGACUCCAUUCUGGGCAACAUGGGAAUCUUUUUAACUGAAGAGGAGCUCCAGGAGGCGCUGAAGCACACGGAAAUAGAUGCGGAGGGGAAGGUGAAUUUGAGUGAAUUCAUGAAGAGUGUCCAGCGACUGGCCGAAGCCGAAGGGGAAAAGGGUGAUGUCGAUAACCUGGACUCCAUUCUAGCCAACAUGGGGAUCCAUUUAACUGCUGAGGAGUUUCAGAAGGCGCUGGGGGGUGUUACUCGUGGUGCCGACGGAAAGGUGGAGCUGAAACACUUUAUGGAGAGCGUGAUGGGCACCCAGCGGCCUUCCCAGUGUGAAAGGGAUACGGUGGAUCUCCAGAACCUGGACUCCAUCCUGGACAGCAUGGGGGUCCAUUUAACCAAUGAGGAGCUGCAGGAGGUGCUGACACAUGCUACUGUUGAUGCCAAUGGGAAGGUGAAUUUGGGCGAAUUUAUGAAGGGGGUGAAGACUAUCCAGAAAUUGCCCCCAGGUGAGGAGGACAAAGUGGAUGUGGGGAACCUGGACUCCGUGCUGGCCAACAUGGGGAUCCGUUUAACCCCGGAGGAGCUGCAGGAGGCGCUCAAGCGCUGCCCCGUUGACAGAGACGGGGCAGUCGGCCUGGGAGUGUUUAUGAAGAGCGUGACGAGUACGCAGAGACCCUCCCAGGCUGAGAGGGAUAAAGUGGAUCUCCAGAACCUGGAUGACAUCCUGGGUAGCAUGGGGGUCCAUUUAGUCAAUGAGGAGCUGCAAGAGGCGCUGAAACAUGUGACCAUUGAUGCCGACGGGAAGGUGAAUUUGGGCGAAUUUAUGGAGGCGGUGAGGAUUGUCCAGAAAUUGCCCCCAGGGGAAGAGGACAAAGUGGAUGUGGAGAACCUGGACUCCAUCCUGGCCAACAUGGGGAUCCAUUUAACCCCGGAGGAGCUGCAGGAGGCGCUCAAGCGCUGCCCCAUUGACACAGAUGGCAAAGUCAGCCUGAGUGCUUUUAUGAAGAGCAGGAUGAGUACGCGGAGACCCUCCCAGGCGCAGAGAGACAAUGUUGAUCUCCAGAACCUGGACUACAUCCUGGACAGCAUGGGGGUCCAUUUAACCAACGAAGAGCUGCAGGAGGUGCUGAAACAUGUGACCGUUGAUGCCGACAGAAAAGUGAAUAUGGGUGAAUUUAUGAAGGAGGUGAGAAAUGUCCAGAAAUUGUCCCUGGAAGGAGACGAAGUGCGGUCUCCGUUCCGGGAGGACAAAGUGGAUGUGGGGAACCUGGACUCGGUGCUGACCAACAUGGGGAUCCAUUUAACCCUGGAGGAGCUGCAGGAGGCGCUCAAGCACUGCCCCGUUGACAUUCCCCAUAGCGACGUGCUGAGAGAUGGUAACGUGUGGGUAGAGGUUGGUGUCUCUUGA